UGUGCCACCAUGUCACCCAUGACAUUUUGGAGACAUUUCCUCCAAACGUAUAAUAAGAAAUUGACCAUCUGUGUUUGAUAGUGUUAUAAUUGUCAAAGUUUAUAAACGUCGUGCUGCUCAGUGUUUAGUAAAAGCAGUGUUAGUUAUACCUUGAAAUAAUCUUUCCAUUAGUCAAUCCCAGACAUCAGCUCAGAUUCUUCGAAGCAUUAUAAAGAGAUGCAAUGCUGAAAUUCAGGUAAUGAUGAAUCCAUGAAUUCGGGAACAUGCUUGACAUUUCAAAGAUGCGUGUGCGCGGCUCCACCUGCGACAGCACCAAACAAAACUGCAUCAAUCCAUUGAACUUUAAAUGGAAACACUUGACUAGAUCACUCGGAAGGACAAAGGAGGACUCGCUUCAUCUCUACCACUUAUUUUCUUUUUAUAAUAUGUUCUGGAUUGUAUUACAUUUAUGGAAACCUGAAGAUCAGGAGUACUAAUAAUAGGAACACAGGGUGACAUAAAAAGGAUGAUGUCUCCCUUAGUGCUUCUAUUCAUUAUUAUAGCAUUUUUGGGGCCGGCAUGUGAAAAUACAUAUAAUGUGACAGAUUCAGCAGUUUCACAUCCUAAACCCUCAACAUAUCGAAGAAUUAUUGAAAGACCCCUUCUAAAUAACAAGACACUGGAAUACUGGCCUGUGGCCAAUCGUACAAAAACUAAAAUUUUUAGGAAAGGAGCACUUGUUAUUUCCAGACAAUAUUGGUAUCCCUUUUUAGAAAUAUCCCUUAAAAAAUCUAAUCCCAUAUCUCCUGCUGUCACAUUCGCCACAACACCAACAGACUCAUAUUCAACAGAGACCUUUAACUCAAUACCAGCAACAACAACUACGAUGCCAAUUUUCCCAGAAACCACUUCAGAAGAAUCAACAAGCAGAACAACAAACUCUACCAUUUCAACAGAGCCCCUAACAACCACCAUUCAAGCACAUUCAAGCAAACAGAAGACUCCAGAUGUAGGAACAGAAACCACAACUGAUUUACAAACUUCAGUUCGGCCAGAAACAUUCACCACUCAAACAACAGCAUUCAACUCACCAACCAUCAACUCAAGACAACCAAAAAUCCUCACACAACCUACUAGCACAAACACACCAAGUUCACAAACAGAAACCACCAUCUCAUCUACAAAUCAACCACCUACAUCAGAUACAAUGAGUACAACAACUGAAAUAACAUCCAGAACUGCACCACUGGCUUCCACUACACUUUUACAGUCUACAGUGGAGGCAGGAUCAACAGAGGCGAAUGUGAUACUCGAAACAGGAACAAUGUCAACACUUCAGCCUGUACAGACAGUAUCUACAGAAGAGCCAGUGACAACCAAAACAGUACAAUCUGCAACAAUGUCAACACAGUCAAAAACAUCCCCUCAAGACACAACAGAGCAUUUACAACCUAAAACAGAUUUAAUAACACAAAGUGAAACAGCAUCUGUGUCAGAAACAGAAUAUCCAACAACAAUAUCAUCAACAUCUAGUGUGACUCUUACAUCUGUAGAGUUAGCAAGUGCAACUACUUCACCAUCAACAGGAGCAUUGCCAGAAAGUGCACUGAGCACAUCAGCAACUGUUAGCAAUGAACCAGCAACUAAGACGACUCUAGAUGAGGUUACAUCUCCUGUAUCACAUUCUGAGGGAAUAGAUACACUAACAACAACAGCAGACUCCACCACUUCACCCAAAGCUUCAACUUUGAUGCCAGUAACACCUCAAGUCACAACUGAACCUUUGACAGCCCAAAAUGAGACUACAAUGUUAAUAUCAAUGACGCCAGUAUCAGAUGCUCAUGCCUCAGAUAUCUCCACUACUGUCAAAACAGUAACACAAGAUGACACAGCAUCAACAUCAACCGGUCAAACCGCAUUAUCAACAACUUUUACAACAGAAUCAAUUGUUUCUCCUAGCACAUCAGCUCCAAUAACAGAGGCAUUAUCCCCUUCAAUAACUACAGACACAACAACAUCCAGUAAUACAGAAUCAUCUACAGAAACCACUGCAGCUACAUCAGGAACAAGCACAGCAUCAACACUAGCUUUGGUUUCAUCUCCUGUGUCACAAUCUGUGGCAGUAGAUACAUUGACAACAACAAUAACAACAAACUUAGCAGAAUCUUCAACCGCAUCCACAGCUUCAACAUUGAUAUCAGAAACAUCUAAAGUCACAACAGAACCUUCAACAGCCCAAAAAGAAACCACAACAUUAGUGCCAGUAUCAAUGGAUUACACAUCAGAGGUCUCCACCACUGUCAAAACAGUGACACAAGCUGAAACAGGUUCUACAUCAACAGGUCAAACCAUGUUAACAUCAACUUUUACAACAGAAUCAACUGUUUCUCCCAGCACAUCAGCUCCAAUAACAGAGGCAUCAUCACCUUCAAUAACUACAGACACAACAACAUCCAGUAAUACAGAAUCAUCUACAGAAGCCACUGCAGUUACAUCAGGAACAAGCACAGCAUCAACAGUUAAAAAUGAUACACAAACAACUGGGAUUACUUCAACACAAGAUACAGUGACAACAAAACCUAGCCCGGAAGAGUCUACUACUCCACUCCAAGCAUCAACCCUGGUGCCGGUGACAUCAGCAUUGCCAGUAAGUGCACUGGGCACAUCUACAGGAGAAACUGUUAGCAAUCAAGCGGAAACAACUAAGACAACACUAGCUGUGGUUUCAUCUCCGGUGUCGUCAUCUGUGGCAGUAGAUUCAUUGACAACAACAAUAACAACAAACCUAGCAGAAUCUUCAACUGCAUCCACAGCUUCAACACUGAUAUCAGAAACAUCUCAAGCUACAUCCGAACCGUCAACAGUCAAAAAAGAAACUACAACAUUAUCGCCAGUGAUUCCAGCGACAACGAAUCAUACCUCAGUAGUCUUCACCACUAUCAAAACAGUGACACAAGCUGAAACAGGUUCUACAUCAACAGAUCAAACCACAUUAACAUCAACUUUUACUACAGAAUCAGCUAUUUCUCUUAGCACAGCAGCUCCAAUAACAGAGACAUCAUUACCUUCAAUAACAACAGACACAGCAACAUCCAGUAAUACAAAGUCAUCUACAGAAAUCAAUGCAGCUACAUCAGGAACAAGCACAGCAUCAACUGUUAGAAAUGAUACACAAACAACCGGGAUUACAUCAACACAAGACACAGUGACAACAAAAACUAGUCAACAACAGUCUACUACUUCACUCCAAUCCUCAACCCUGGUGCUGGUAACAUCCACAUUACCAGUAAGUGCAUUGGGGACAUCUACAGGACAAACUGUUAGCAAUCAAGUGGAAACAACUAAAACAACACUAGCUGAGGUUUCAUCUCCUGUGUCACCAUCUGUGGCAGUAGAUACAUUGACAACAAUAACAACAAACCUAGCAGAAUCUUCAACUGCAUCCACAGCUUCAACAUUGAUAUCAGAAACUUCUAAAGUCACAACCGAACCUUCAACAGCCCAAAAAGAAACCACAACAUUAAUGCCAGUAACAAUGGAUUACACAUCAGAAAUCUCCACCACUGUCAAAACAGUGACACAAGCUGAAACAGAUUUUACAUCAGCAGGUCAGACCAUGUUAACAUCAACUUUUACAACAGAAUCAACUGUUUCUCCCAGCACAUCAGCUCCAAUAACAGAGGCAUCAUCACCUUCAAUAACAACAGACACAACAACAUCCAGUAAUACAGAAUCCUCUACAGAAACCACUGCAGCUACAUCAGGAACAAGCACAGCCUCGACUGUUAGAAAUAAUACACAAACAACUGGGAUUACUUUAACACAAGACAUAGUGACAAAAACUAGUCAACCAGAGUCUACUACUCCACCCAAAUCUUCAACCCUGGUGCUGGUGACAUCAGCAAUGCCAGUGAGUGCACUGGGCACAUCAAGAGAAACUGUUAGCAAUCAAGUGGAAACAACUAAAACAACACUAGCUGAGGUUUCAUCUCCUGUGUCACAAUAUGUGGGAGUGGAUACAUUGACGACAACUAUAACAACAGACAUAGCAGAAUCUUCAACUGGAUCCACAGCUUCAACAUUGAUAUCAGAAACUUCUCAACUCACAAGUGAACCCUCAACAGUCCAAAAGGAAACUACAACAUCAAUGUCAGUGAAGCCAGCAACAAUGAACCAAACCUCAGAAGUCUCCACCAUUGUCAAAACAGUAACACAAGAUUUUACAACACAAUCUAAAACAGGUUCUUCAUCAACAGGACAGCCUACAUUAAUAUCACCUUUUACAACAGAAUCAACCAUUUCUUCUAGCACAACAACACCAAUAACAGAGACAUCAUCACCUUCAAGUACAAGUGAAACUACUGCAGCCUCUGCAGGAGCUGCUUCAGCAUUACAAUCAACUGCAUCAGGAACAAGCACAGCAUCAACUGUUAAAAAUUAUCCAGAAACAACUGGGAUUACCUCAACACAAGAUACAGUAACAACAAAAACUAGCCAACAAGAGUCUACUACUUCACUCCAAGCAUCAACCCUGGCGCUGGUGACAUCAGCAUUGCCAGUAAGUGCACUGGGCACAUCUACAGGAGAAACUGUUAGCAAUCAAGUGGAAACAACUAAGACGACACUAGCUGUGGUUUCAUCUCCGGUGUCGUCAUCUGUGGCAGUAGAUUCAUUGACAACAACAAUAACAACAAACCUAGCAGAAUCUUCAACUGCAUCCACAGCUUCAACACUGAUAUCAGAAACUUCUCAACUCACAAGUGAACCUUCAACAGUACAAAAAGAAACUACAACAUUAAUGCCAGUGAUUCCAGUGACAAUUGGUCUUACCUCAGAAGUCUCCACCACUAUCAAAACAGUGACACAGGCUGAAACAGGUUCUACAUCAACAGGUCAAACCACAUUAACAUCAACUUUUACAACUGAAUCAGCUAUUUCUUCCAGCACAGCAGCUCCAAUAACAGAGGCAUCAUUACCUUCAAUAACUACAGAAACGAGUACAUCCAGAUCUACAGAUUCAUCUACCGAAACCACUGCAGCUACAUCAGAAACAAGCACAGCAUCGACUGUUAGAAAUGAUACACAAACAACUGGGAUUACUUCAACACAAGAUACAGUGACAACAAAACCUAGCCCGGAAGAGUCUACUACUCCACUCCAAGCAUCAACCCUGGUGCCGGUGACAUCAGCAUUGCCAGUGAGUGCACUGGGCACAUCUACAGGACAAACUGUUAGCAAUGAGGUAGAAACAACUAAGACAACAUUAGCUGAGAUUUCCUCUCCUGCAUCACAAUCUGUGGCAGUAGAUACAUUGACAACAACAACAGGCCUAGCAGAGUCUUCUACUAAAGAUACAGCUUCAAAAUUGAUAACAGAAACAUCUCAAGUCACAACCGAAACUUCAACAGUCCAAAAAGAAACGACAACAUUAUCGCCAGUAACAACGGCUUAUGCCUCAGAAGGCUCCACCACUGUCGAAACAGUAACACAAGCCAAAAUAGGAUCUUCAUCAACAGGUCAAACCAUAUUAACAUCAACUUUAACAACAGAAUCAACUAUUUCUCCCAGCACAACAGCAGCAGCAAUAACAGAGGCAUCAUCUACUUCAAGUACAUCUUCAACCACCGCAGCCUCAGCAACAGUGGCUUCAGCAUUGCCAUCAACUGCAUCAGGAACAAGCACAGCAUCCACUGCUAGAAAUGAACCAGAAACAACUAGGAUGAAUACAACACAAGAUGUAGUGACAACAAAAACAAGCCUGCCAGAAUCUUCUACUGCACCAACAACUUCAAACUCACCAACAACUCAAGUCACAACUGAACCUUUAACAGAAACAACAACAUUUAUGCCAGUGACACCUGUAACAACGGCUCAUACCUCAGAGGUCACUUUCACUGUCAAAACAGUGACCCAAAAUCCUACAACACAAGCUGAAACAGGUUCUCCAUCAACAGGUCAAACUAUGUCUCCAAGCACAGCAACACAUUUAACUCAAGCAGAGGACGUAAAGACAACAAUUGCAGGAACAUCCAAAAAUACCAAAUCAUCCACAGAGGACACAACUAUAGGUCAAACUACUGCAGCCUCAUCAGCAUCGCCAGCAACUUUACUUGACACAACUACAUCAACAACUGCUAACAACAACAAGGAAACCACCAAGACAACACUAGCUGAGCUUUCAUCUACAUUGAAAACAGCAACAUCAGGCAUAGCAGAGUCAACAACAGCACUUGCAUCUUCAGGCUUGAAACCAGAAACAUCUCAAAUCAUCUCAACUGAACCUUCAUCAACCCACAGAGAAACUACAACAUUAAUGUCAACGACACCAGUAUCAAAUACUCAUGGAACAGAAAUCUCCACCACUGUCAAAACAGUAACACAAAAUCUUACAACACAAGCUGAAACAGCUUCAUUGACAAGUCAAACUACAUUAACAUCUCCAUAUACACCAAAAUCAAGUACUUCUCCCAGCACAGCAGCACCAAUAACAGAGACAUCCUCAUCUUCAAGUACUGCAGGUAAAGAAACUACAACAGUCACAAGUACAUCCAGAACUCCAGAAUCAUCAACGGAGACUACAACAUUAUUGGUGCCAACAACAAGAGGAACUGUAGCACCCUCAACAGGAGUGAAAUCAGCAUUACCAUCUAUUGCAUCAGGGACCAGCACAGCAUCAACAGUUAGAAAUAUAACUGCUACAAAAACAAGCCAAACUGAUUCUACUACUCCACUCAGUGCAUCAACUACUGUAUCUACUUCAACGGCUUCAUCUACUGUAUUACAAUCUGUGACAACUGAUACAUUGACGACAGCUUCAACCUCGAAACAGAACACAUCUCAAGCCACAACUAAAACUUCACAAGCUACAACAAUAACACCAGUAACAAUGUCUCAAACCACAGUAGUCUCCACAACUGUGACAACAAGGACACAAGAGUCUACAAAUCAAACAGGUUCUUCAUCAACAGGUCAAACUACAUUAAAAUUGAAUUCUACUGCAGUAACAACUAUUUCUUCUAGCAACGCAACACCAAUUACAGAGGCAUCAUCAACAUCCAACCUUACGAAAUCAUCUACCAAGGGCACAACAUUGUUGGUAUCAACAACAAGAAACAACACCGCAGCUACAUCCGGGACAAGCAUCGCAUCAACUGUUAGAAAUGACCUGUUGACAAACAAGACCACCACAGUUAAGGUUUCAUCUACAUCCAACACAACAACAGGCCUACCAGAGUCUAGUACUUCAAACAGAGCUUCAACAUCGACAACACAAACGCCUCAAGUCACAACCAAACCCUCAACAACCAAAAAUGAAUCUAAAGCUUUAACAUCAAUGUCAUCAGUAUCGACAGCUAAUACCUCAGACUUCACCACUGUUAAAAGAACUACACAAGCUGAAACAACUUCAUCAUCAACAAGAUAUACUACAUUGACCCAAUCUGUUACCAAAAAAUCAACAAUUACGUCGACCACAGUGGCACUAAUAACGUCAAAAACAGAUCCUCCUUCCCUUAAAGAGGGAGCUAUAAGCUUAUCCUUCAGCCUCAAUCAAACUUUCAAAGAAGAAUAUUCAAACAGAUUAUCCCCUGAAUUCGAAUCAUUGGCAAACGCUAUAACAGAUGAGAUAAACAAAAUGUUCAUAGAUGUCCAAGGAUACAAGCGAUGCAGAGUCAAUGCUUUCACGAAUGGUUCCACUGUAGUUGAUAUGACUCUUGUCUAUGAAAAUUCUUCUGUGGUCCAAAGCUCAGCUGCAGUAGAAGCAGUUCUUUAUAGUGGGAAGAUGACUGGUGCCAUAAGCCUGGACAUUAUACUCACGACUAUCAAAGCAGAAACAGUAACUCCUAUUACAACUACUCCUGUCACAAAUGUAACUGUAGAACCCACAAGGACAAACGGGAACACAAACACCACCUCUGGUGCCCCUCCAUGGAGGAUCCGCUGUUCACUAAUGCUUCUGUCCCCAGUCAUCACUGUUUUAUUAGCACCAAGAGUGAUGCUUUCCUAAUUAUACAGUGAAGUCAACUCUACAAAUAUUGUACAAGUUUAUUUUAGGCUCAAGCUAGUUUGUACCUUGCGUAGAAGAGUUGUUCAGGACUAUGGCCCAACUAAUAAUCUUAUUAAAGAUUAUUUAACCAAGUGCAGACCCCAAGUUAUCAUAACUCUUCAUUAUUAUGAUGAUACAUCGCAUUUCUCAUUCAAGACAGUUAAGCGCAAGUCACUAAAAACCCUGAGCAUCCUGCUUUGACUAGAACUUGGGUAUUCAUAAACAACGCUGAUUUUAAUUGUUUAUAAAUUGCACUGUGUUUCCGUUACUGUGUAAAAAGUAUGUAAAUGUAAAUAUAAGGCACAUAACUGCCUGUCUGCUGCUAAGCAUCAAUCAGAUUGUUUCUUACUGUACAUAACUACCUCUGAACCAUGUUUUCAUAACCUUAUAGGUAAAAAGUGGCUCUGUCCACUUAUACUUUACCUGAGCUGACAGGGUUUAGAACAAUAAUAAUCUGGGGUUAAGUGUAUGUCUACAUAUACACAUACAUGUACAGUUGAAGUCAGAAUUAUUAGCCCCCCUGGUUAUUUUUCCCCCAGUUUCUGUUUAACGGAGAGCAGAUUUCUUCAACACAUUUCUA